AUGUACGGGCAAGGUGGUGUUCUCCGUAUCCCGACCGAAACGACCAGCGCCAGACCGUACGAUCUGCCAAAGAAGCUUGCCAAAGAAAGCGUGAUGCUCAAAGAACCAGACGACCCUAGUCAUGCAUCACAAUCGUUCACUUUGCUUACGAAUCCUCCAGGGCUUCUGAAAACGACGUCCGAAAACGGGUAA